GACGUGGUCCUCCCCACCCCCCCCCCCCCCCCUCCCCUCCCUUAGCAACAGAGCCAACAUGGCUGCGUCCAGCACCGCGGAGCAUCCUCCAGAGAUCUCCACUCCGUUAAAGAUCCCCAAGACCGAGGUCCCCUCUCCAGAGUCCGAGGACCUGAGCGACAGCAACCAGUACCAGUCCAACCCGUCCACACCGAACCGCUUCUCUCCUCUGAACGUGGUCUCUGGACCGGGCUGUGGACCGGGACCGGGCCGGCCGGUGGCCUCGUCCUCCUCCAGCAGCUUCACAGCCUGCCGGGGGAUGUCCUGGACUCCGUCCGAGACCAACGCGCUGAUCGCGGUGUGGGGCAACGAGCGGCUGACGGAGGCGCGGAUGCAGCAGCUGGAGGUGGCCGGGACCGUGUUCUCCGGGAAGGCCCCGGGACCAGCCAUGUACGAGCGGGUCUCCAGAGCUCUGUCCGAGCUGGGCUACGAGAGGACACCGUCUCAGUGCAGGGAGAGGAUGAAGACGCUGCGGCGCUGCUACAGCCGCGUGAAGGAGCAUGGCAUCGGCAAACGGAAGAGCAGCUACACUAUAGAGCAGCUGGAGAAGGUGUUCGGUCAGGGAGGCUGGGACUCCCAGAGCUGUGCCCCGGUGCUGAUCAACAGCAGCGGGUUGUAUCAGGAGAUGGAGUCUGAUGGCAGCACCCUGGAAGACUUCUCCCAGGAGGACUGGUGCAACCAGGUGCUGGACUCGGCCUUCCAGGAGGGAGACAUGGAGACCGAAGAAAUCCUGGUGCCUAAAAACAGAGCUCUGCAGAUCCAGAUCGAGCUGUCAGAACAAGCCCAAAAAAGGGACAUGAUGCAGACUGUGAUGCGUAUUCUGGAGUCGGUGCAGCUGAAAUGGGAGCACUUCCAGACGUGGACUGAGUUCUCACGGCUGCACCUCUCCAACAAACUGGCCAUCUUUGGCGUGGGCUACAACACGCGCUGGCGCGAGGACGUGCGUUACCACUACGCUGAAAUCAGCUCGCAGGUGCCGCUGGGCAAGAGACUCCGCGAGUACUUCAACCCGGAGAAGCCGGAAGGCCGCGUCAUCAUGACCAAAGUUCAGAAGAUGAACUGGAAGAAUGUCUACUACAAGUUCCUGGACAUUACCAUCAGCGAGGCGCGCUGCCUGGAGCUGCACAUGGAGGUGGAGUGGAUCCCCGUGUCCCAGUCCAGGGCAGCAGGCUGCAGCAGAGGAACAUCCCACUACCUCCUUCCUGGAGACAUCCCCAAAGCAUACGGACUCUACGCUAUUGGCUACGAGGCGGUGUCAUCCAUGUACGACAUCGCUCACACCUUUCCCCAGGGUGACGGUGAAGACCAUAGCUUACCUCAGUGCGAGUCAGAGAACGGGGCACACAGUUCAGCUGACGGAGACGGUGCAGAGACAUGUUACAGGACCGGGGCUAAAGUCACUUACUGCUACCUCGGCAUAGCGGAGGAGAGGACCAUACAGCAGAGUCUCUUCCAGCACUUCCAGGGCUCCGGCAAACACUACGUCCACGGCGAACACUCCGCCGUGACGCGUUUCCUGCAGGAGAACUGCCGCGGUGCCGUCACGCAUAUGAACGGUGAUGGAGGUGAAGACUCGUCUCAACGUUUUGCCAUUUACAUCAAAUUCAUCGAGGUGGAGCUGGACUUCCUCUCAGCAGGCUCCCUGCUGGAGUGCCUCGAAACUGCUGUCGGUUGUUCGUUGAAAUACAACAACAAAGAAACGUCGUAACUACACUCAGUGUUUCACAAUAAAGAUAUCAUUAUUAACAAGUGUUACAGCCAGCAAGGCAACAAGGAAGGUGACCAAUUCUGUGUUCUAAAGCAUGGACGUGUGAGAGUCUGGCAUAUUUUUGCAGCCUUUUCAGCUCUGUUGAAGAGAUUUUUCAUUACACCCGUAUUAAGUCUGAAAAGAAUGAUGAUGCACAAUAUGGCAGAUGUAUUGUGCAGAGAUAUGGGAACAGUAGAUGUAGGUGUUACAGAGCUGCAACAUCCAAGAAGUAUGUACUUAUUAUUUACGGCUAAUGUGCACUAUGAAGGUUUCUGCUGCUUGUUUGGUGUAGAUAAACAUUGCCUCGUCAGGGAGCGUGGGGUUGGCAAGGUGACUACUGCAGUACGCAUCUGUCUACCUCAGUAGGAUGUAGCAAACAAGGCAGCAAGGGGACCACAGUGUGUAUUUAUUCUAAAAAUGCCUUUACUUUGACUGUUGAGGUCUGGACCUGAAUGCUCAAAGCAUCGAAGAGUAACGGCUGGUUUCUGCCUUAUGUUUUGCACGUGUAAAUGGGCUGCAGCUAGGGAUGCUUCCAUGCUAAUUAGGGAGAAAAGAAGAAUUGGGUUCCUGUUUAUCCAACAGUGUGAACACCAGGUGCACAAACCCGACCGGCCGGUUGGGGCGUGGUGGCCAUUCGGCACGCUAAACGACUCAUGCAGCUUUAUACCGUCCCGUAUCAACGGCCGCUUUGUGCAGCAAGUAUACGAAAUACCACAUGUGUCAAGAGCGUUGUAAAUAAUGCAGACUAAUGAAAACAGUUGCCACACUGCUUAGCAUGGCUGAAGUGUCUUUGCAAACACUUACAAGCUGUAAAAAUGAUGAAAGUUCAUCACAGCAUCUCGACUGUACCACCUGCUGCUGUUUGGUUUUCAGCUGAGAGAGAUUCAGUGUCAUACCUGCUGCUUCAUGUGCUGCCUGCUACUCCAUUUCACCGGGAUGGAGCGCACUUUUUUUAAGCAGCUGUCUUGUUAUCUGUUCAGCCUUCAUGCUGACUUUGUUGCAUGGUCCUUUGUAGCUCUAAUGCACAUCCAAACGCUCGACUAGGUCGCUGGGAUUCCGAGUUUUGCGCCUGAAAUACUGCCAGAUCAGUACGGACAUUAUUCAUUUACUCUUUGUGUUUUUAUUUUGUGCCAUGGUAUCAGAAAUCACUGAUAUUACACUGGAGUGUAAGUAUCCAGUAGGCCAUCAUGUAUUGGUGGCCAGUACUUUGGAGCAUCUCUAGCUGCUGCUGCUGCUGCUGCUGUGGGGUUUGUGGGUAGAAGCUGUGUUGAUGAGUUACCAGCACCUCCCACACACUGGUAUCCUAAAUGCACCAGUGUUGCAGAUGCCACACAAUCAUGCUUAUGGGUGCACUGUAAGUGACUAGUCAGGUUAAGACACUAAGCUGCAGGGGUUAACUCAUCCUUUGACCAAUAAGUAAACUGAAUUCUUUAUGAACAUGGUUCCUGAGGUUAUGUGCAAUGUGCCAGGGAAAGGACUGGACUGGGUAGAGAAGAAUCAAACGAGGGACGAGUCCAUAUUGAAUCCAUGUAUAUGAAAUCUACCUUAUAUAUAUCUAAUAUAUAUAUAUAUAUAUAUAAAUAUAUAUAUUUAAAAAAUAUCGAUGUUCUUGAGCAUUCCGGCUUUUGCAAACUUGUUCAUUUGUUUGGGUAUACAGUAUAUAAAGAUGAAUAUGAUAUUUUAUAUUUUAUUGGUUGACACCAUGUCUUGUAUGUGAUUGUUUUGAAGUCACCGUCCUGUAUGUUUACAUUUGAAAACCAAUAAAUGGGGCACUCACUGUCAUUUGCCACGCAGUGAA